UCACUGGCCUUUCGCUUACUUCGGUUACCCAGCUUAGGAGGAUAUCGAUCAGCGUCACCAGCUUUUAUUUCGGGUUGCGCGUCUUCAACCGCGUCGCGGUCCGGAGGCAAACGAUCAGCAUCCCGGGAAUUGGGAAGAAACCACAGAGCUACCAGAACGCAUUUUGGCGAUCCUUCUCUGCUUGUCGCUCAACCUGGAAUUAUUUCUCCUUCGCAAAUUUGAUCACGACAACUAUCCCGUUCUGUCUGACAUCAUAACGGAAGUAAUGAAAGAGAUUGAUGUCCCUGGACUCAUCCUCCCUAAUCUGUCAACGUUGUAUCUCCAAAAAGACCGCCGCGAUCAUUAUGAUUACUCAGAUGAACUUGAGAUACCUUCAGCUUUUGUGCAGUUGGGUAACCUCAAAAGAGUCCACAUAUGGCGAAUACAGGGAUGUACCACCUGGUUCGGGAGCGAUCACCUGUGGUUGACGGGUAUUCGAGAACUAAAACUUGUUUGCAGAGUCAGCGCAAAAGAGAUAUUCGCAAUUUGUGAGUCAGCUACCCAACUUGAGAAUUUAUCGUUGGUGAUGACAGAGGCUCUUGUGGUCGAAAUAUCCUGCCCAUCCGUAGCACCGGGCAAGGAUCUCAACUGUGCACUAUCACUGCGAGCGGACACAUUGAGGGUCCUAGAAUUCAGAAUGGCUGGAAAGAAAUCGUAUUUGCGCCAGUUUGGAAGCUCCGGCCUGCUAGAAUGUCUACCUCAGCUCACAAAACUCGAGAAACUAACGACCGAAAUGCCCCUUAUCUAUGACUUCCUCCAGAAAGGCAAGCCUAACAGCUGGUUCUUUGAUAAAUUACCACCAAACAUCGUUUCUUUAGAGCUUGUCGAAUGGCCCACGCUACCCCCUAAUGUCCCCAGUCGUUUAAGUAUAUGCAGAACUCUAGUCGGAGAGCGUUUUCAAUCCCUACUUUUCUAACGAAGAGCUCGACAAAAUAACAUCUUUGUUCGACCCGGCCACCGUAUCGUUUACGUGGGCGUGCGAUACGC